AUGCCAAAUCCUCCCAUGCAUAAUCGCAAUACUUCAGCUGCUACCUUCAUCUGUGAUCCCAUACACGACAUUGACGAUCUCCUUGCUUCCGUCAACAUCCACCCAACUCCACAAUCUCCAUCUUCUGCCAUUAUAUCCCCAUCAGCAUCUCCAACCCAACUAUCCUCGGGCCUCAAGUCUCUUCGUGUGGCUGGUCGUGUUCGUGGCGAUCUGACUGCCGAAGUCGAACAUUGGUCAAAGCAGUCCGGUGGGGGCGAUUCACUACUCAUACCACCACCUCCUCCACUCUCGCUGCAUCCAGAUGCUGGAGUGGCCCUUGCUGCUGAACAGCCAACGGUUGCACGCGAUGUUGUCGUUUCCGAAGAGACAUUACGCAAAUGCAGAAACACUGAAAUAUACUUUCUCGAUUACUACUUUGACUUGUUCACCUACCUCCAUCAACGAAAGCAACGAACUCGGGAUUUCAGAGAUCAACUUGCUCAACGACACCUGAGUGAAGAACAAUGUCAGGCUGAAUUGAACAGUUUUCAAACUCGAGAAACCUCUACUCUUCGACAACGACGUACUCGGACAAAAGUGUCACACUUCAACGUCAUCGCACAAGUCGGUCAAGGAGGCUAUGGACAGGUCUUUCUUGCUCGAAAAAAAGAAACUGGAGAUAUAUGUGCUCUGAAAAAAAUGUCGAAAAAGUUGUUGCAAAAGAUGGGAGAGGUCGAGCACAUCAAGACAGAACGAGAAAUUUUGACUCAAACAGAUACUCCUUGGCUGGUCAAACUCUUGUAUGCCUUCCAAGACAUCAAUUUCGUAUAUCUCGCCAUGGAAUUCGUGCCUGGUGGAGAUUUGAGAACUUUACUCAACAACAGUGGUGUCCUCAAGGAAGAUUUUGCUCGAUUUUACGUUGCUGAAAUGUUUGUCGCGGUUGCUGAGCUUCACCGUCUUGGUUUCAUUCACAGGGAUCUGAAGCCAGAGAACUUCUUGAUUGACGCUGGAGGCCACAUCAAACUCACGGACUUUGGUCUCAGUCGAGGAACACUCAGUCCAGAAAGAAUGCAGUCAUUACGCACAAAGCUUCAAAGGGUCAAGGAUACAAAUCUCGUAUAUCGCUCAGUCAAAGAACGACGUGACAUUUUUAAAUCAGUUCGCAGAGAAGAUAUGAGAGCGUUUUCGUUGGUUGGAUCACCAGAUUAUAUGGCUCCUGAAGUACUCUCUACCAAUAAUUCUCGUGGAUAUACCAUGUCGGUUGAUUAUUGGAGUAUUGGUUGUAUCUUGUUUGAAUGUCUCGCUGGCUACCCUCCAUUCACUGCCCCAACCACUGAUGAUGUUUGGGUGAAUGUGUUCCAUUGGAAGAAAGUGUUGGAGAGGCCAGUGUAUGCUGGUGUUGAUGAAGAGUUCAACUUGUCCAAUGAGGCAUGGGACUUGAUUACACAUCUUGUUGCUGCUCCAGAAGACCGAUACUCGUCAUUGGGGCUCGUUCAAUCACACCCCUUCUUCAACUCCCCCAACCCGAAAUUCGGCAAGCAAGUUGACUUUUCAUUGCUUCGUACAGACAAUGGCAUGGCACCACCUUUUGUGCCUCAACUGGCAUCCGAGACAGAUGUUGGCUACUUUGACAAUUUCGAUUCGGAAACAGACAUGGCCUUGUACCGUGAGGUGCGGGAACGAGCCGCCGAAUUGGAGCGUGAAGCUGGUGUGGAUGCUUCUGAACGUGUCAGGCCCAAAAUACAAAUAUCCAAACCUCGCGCAACACAGGACGACAGAACAGACAGUCGAGUAAUGAGACACGAUGCAUAUGCUGGCGCAUCUAGCGAUCUCGGCAGAAGAGCCACAAAUCAAGACGAACACCUAGAAGCUGAAGACGUCUACGACGGGGAGAAGGCACACAUCUUUGGAGUCUUCGAUGGUCACGGCGAGCAGCGACGGUGGCAAAUGCUCCAAGCUCUGUUCAUCGCUGCUCGUGACAUUACUCCAACAACGGCAUUAUUAUCGAAUAUGACGCUGGACGCUUACAUGUCUGGAACUACGGCGUCCGUUGUCGUUGAGACAACGACGAGAGUUGUUGUUGCUGGUGUUGGGGAUAGUCGAGUUGUUAUAGGGAAGCGGGGACGUGAGGUGGGGACGUGGGUUGGUGAGCAGGUUACGGUUGAUCAUACGUGUCAGUCGUCGGAGGAGUUGAGUAGGGUGCUGAAGUGUGGUGCGAGGGUUGAGAAGCUGAGGAUUGGUGAUGAAGAAGCCGGACCCCUAAGGUUAUUCAAAAACUCGCUGCCAUAUCCAGGAUUGGUGAUAACAAGAUCCUUAGGAGACUCGGUUGCUACAAAGAUUGGUGUACUAUGUGAACCAGAUGUCACCGUCCGUGAUAUAGAUCCGAACAACGACGUUUUUAUAAUAUUGGCUAGUGAUGGUGUAUGGGAUGCAUUAUCAAUACAACAGUCAGUGGACAUUGUGGGACCGUUUCUCGAAAAUGGGAGUGCUCAAGAGGCAUCUAUUGCAUUAACGCAGGCGAGCUUGACCGCUCUUGAUGAGGAUCAGUUGGAUGAUAACAUAACAAAUAUAAUCGUGUUCUUAUGA